CACUGCUUCUACUGCUCAGACAGUGAGACAAGAGCUUGAAUCGAUAUUCACUUGUUACUCUGAAGUUGUCAAGAUUCAGGAGAAACGAACCCAAAAACCAAGAUGCUUAAAAGAAAGCAGAUCAAAGUUGAAGGAAGGAGCGUUGCUGAGUUGCCCGAUCCUUCCAUGAACUCGGCUGAAGACUCAUGCAUGCGUUUUGUCAGAGGACAAAAACGGAAGUUCUCGGAUGAUGAUGAGGGCUUAUUUAGUAGACCAGCAAAGGAAAUGAAACUUUUUCACCAUGUGCUCAAUGAUGGGGAGCAAGCAUCUUCCUCUGUGGAAACCAGUAAAGAUCCAAAACCCAAGAUGCUUAAAAGAAAGCAGAUCAAAGUUGAAGGAAGGAGCGUUGCUGAGCUGCCCGAUCCUUCCAUGAACUCAUGCAUGGUCAGAGGACAAAAACGGAAGGCCUCGGACGAUGAUGAGGCCUUAUUUAGACCAGCAAAGGAAAUGAAACAUUUUCACCUUUUUCAAGUAAAAAGGAGGGUCAUUGAGCUUCCCAUUCCUUCUGUGAACUCAAAGGAAGAUGUGUACAUGUUUCCCACUGAAAUUUCAGAGAGCUCCACUGAUCCAAAAGAAAAGGUGUGCAAGAGGAAAGCCACAGGUGAUGGAAAAGCAUCACCAGCCAAGAAACUGAAGAGCCUGGACCAGGAGGAGAGGAAAUGCAGCGCCAAAGAAUUAGAGGCUGCAAAAAUCUGUGAAUUUAAAGCCAAGUACGUGGAGCUGCACAAGCUUGGAAAAGGAGGGUUUGGAACAGUGUUUGCCGGCUACAGGAAAGAAGACAAUUUUCCAGUCGCUAUCAAACACAUUUCAAAGAGGUGUAUCCCCUGCAAAGUAAAGGUAAGUAUGCAAUGCUUAAAUCUCAAUCAAUCAAUCAAUCAAAUAUACUUUAUUGUCCCCACAGGAAAAUUUGACUUGGACAUCGUACAAAAAAAAUCUAUUAUACAUCUUUGCGCUGUGGAACGUCUGUUCCUCAUCAUCCACUUUGUUGCCAUUUUUCAGGCUGAGAACGGGAAGCGAAUCUCUGUGGAAGUGGCUGCUAUGCUCAAACUUGCAGCUGGAACACCAGGAUCAUCAGCAACCGUGUCCUUGCUGGACUGGUUCGAUUUGCGCAAGGAGCUGAUCCUGGUGAUGGAGAGACCUGUCCCUGCUGUGGACUUAGAUAAAUACAUAGAGGAAUAUGAAGAUACUAUAACAGAGGAGACAGCCAAGGUCAUUCUAAAACAACUGAUUGAGGCGGCAAAAGAACUUGAGGAUAAAAACAUCUUUCACCGGGACAUCAAGACUAACAACAUUCUGAUUGAGACCGGCUCAGAUGUGCCUCGUGUUCGCCUCAUUGACUUUGGAGUGAGCUGCUUUUUUAAAAAACGCUCACGAUACACCGUUUUUGCUGGCACACCUUGUUACUGCCCUCCAGAGUGGACGAUCCACGACUGCUAUAGGCCUGGACCCACCACAGUGUGGCAGCUGGGAACGGUGUUGUAUGAAAUACUCCAUGCAAAAUCCUCCUUUCAUACAGAGUUUGUCAUUAAAGAGAAGUUAAAAAUUAGCGAGAGGCUGUCUGAAAACUGCCAGGAUUUCUUGAAAAUGUGUUUCAACCUGGACCCCAAAAGACGCCCGAAACUGAAGGACCUCCUGCGUCAUCGAUGGUUCAGAUGAACCGUCACACACACACACUCACACAAAAUGCUUUUGACAGAAAAAGAUUGAUGAUAUUUAAUUGGACUAUUCUAAAUUUCACCCACAUUGCCCAGUAGCAGUGAAAAGUUGAAACUUUUGACUGGUACUUUACAUCAAUCUUUAUUUUCUGUCCUGGAAUUCCUGUAACCCCCCCAGCCGUCCAGGGAAAGGGGGAUCUCUCUUUGAAUUGCCUUUCCCGAGGUUUCUUCCUGUCAGUCAGGGGAGUUUUUCCUCGUCUUCAGAGAGAGCUUGGGCUGGUCAGGAGUUCCAUCAAGUUAUUCUACUGAUUAUUAAUGUUAUAUGAUUAUUAA